AUUUAAAUAAAUUUAUUUAAGUUUCACUUGUAGUGUAGUUUUUAAUUGCAAUGGAAGGCUUGUGGUGGUUAGGUUCAGAAAAACAACUUUCAUUGAAAGGGGAUCUCUCUAUACCUGUGGUUAACUCGCAACAAGAUGUAAAAGUGCAAGUUGCAUUUUCAGGUGUUUGUGGGACCGAUUUCCACUAUAUGCAACCAGGACAAAUGGGAAAGUUAUCUGCCAAGUUUGAUGGUGUCAUUCUUGGACACGAGUUUUCUGGAGUAGUAACUGAAGUUGGUGCAGGAGUGACACAUGUUAAAGUUGGUGAUAAUGUAGCAGUGGAUCCUAACAACUGCUGUGGGGUAUGUCAUUGGUCCGUUCAAAGGAAUCCACAUUUUUGUGAAGUGAACAAAGCUAUCGGAGUCCAUACUAAUGGGGGUUGGGCAAAAUAUUGUGUGGUACCAGCCAAGGGGGUCUACAAACUGCCAGGUAAUCUUAGCUUAAUGCAAGGAGCUCUUACUGAACCGUAUUCAUGCGUUCUUCGUGGAUGGAGACAACUUGGUGAUCUUCCAGAAAAAGAUGCAAGAAUCCUUGUUCAAGGAGCAGGUAUCAUUGGAUGUUUGUUCUGCACACUUCUGCAUCAUCACGGCUUCACUAACAUUACUGUUGCGGAAAUAAAUGAGGGGAGAAGAAAGUUGUGUGCAGAUAUGAAGCUUGGGUGUGAUGUGGUUCAUCCACAAGAGAUUGAGUUAAAGUUGGCUGGUAAAAAUGUUGACAAUGAAGGCUUUCAUAUGAUCAUUGAUUGCACUGGGAACCCAACAGCUGUUGAAAAGAUGUUUGAUUAUGCUCGGAGAGGAGCUACUGUCAGCAUGUUUGGAUGCUGCCCUGCUGGUAAGAAGAUAACAAUAGAGCCGUUCCAAGUUUAUUGGAAAGAGCUGAAAAUUGUUGGGUCAUUUACCAAUCCACUUUGUUUUGCUGAUACCAUCAAUUUGCUUGAAGAAUUGGAAAAAAAGAAACUACUGGAUUUUAACAAACUUGGUAUCAAGGUGUUUUCACUGAAAGAUUAUAACAAUGCAUUUCAAGUCCUCAAAACAGGAGAUGCAUCUAAAGUUGUUUUUCAGUUGGAUUGAACUAUGUUUGUGUAAAAAAACUGUUUGUUAAAGAAAUACAUAAAAGGAUAAAGUGUGCGAUGUAUGUCUGAUCAUAUAGCAUACCAAAAAAACGGCUGAAUAUUUGUCUCAAUCUGCUUGGUUUGUUAAUUUAAUUUUAAUCGAAAAAGGAUCAGAGUUUGUUUAUUCAACGUUAUAUGAUUGUUCCUUUUUGUAUAUAUGUAAAUAUUUCAUUUCAUUGUAUACGUGUCGCUCGUUCAAAUUCCAGUGCAAAUCAGAGUUCGUAUAUAAACAUAUUUAAGUGCUUCAAUACAAACAUUUGUUGGAGUGAAAAAGGUUGUAAUAAAAUGGGUACUUCCCC